UGCUGGUGGUUUACUGGAGGUUCCCAGAAACAGCUGGAAGAAGAUCGGGGAUGCAGCCUUUGUCAGUGACGCCCCAAAGCUAUGGAACACACGACCUGUAGAUAUCAGAGAAGCUGCUCGCUAAAUAUUUUUUAAAGAAAGCUAAAAACAUAUCUGUUCACUUUAGACUUUAACUGUCUCUGACUUCCUGAUACAGGUCUGAAACUCUUUCUGUUUACGCUUCACGCUGCUGCAACUCUUCAAAUCUUACUUGAUUUUAUGAUUUAAAGUUUUACAACUCUGUGAUUUUAUGAAUCAGUUCAGUUUUAUGUUAAUUCUGGCUGUUUUCAUUUGAAGCACUCAGAGCUUAUACUGCCCUUAUUGUAAAGCACUCUGUGCUGCAUUUCUUGCAUGAAAGGUGCUGUAUAAAUAAAGUUAUUGUUAUUAUAAAAACUCUCGUCUUCAGAUGUGAGAGGGUGUCACACUUUAUAAAAGUCUUCCAGUGUAUGGUAGGCAUUAAUAUUCUAUAACAAAACAAUAUUACACCAAGAAAUUACAAACUUUAAAAAUCCCCUGCAGUCACCAUUAAUAUGAACAUUUUGUUGUUUCUGACUCUUCAGUAAAAUAAGUAAAACUAGUAAUGCUGGGUCUGGAUGUGUUAUUGACCCAAUUGGAAACUGCUGCUGUGUUCAGUUGUUGAUGAGGGAGGCAGGAAAUGGUGAGAGAAGCGGCAAACAAAACGGAGGUCAGCAGCAGCGGCGGAUGGAUGGAUUCUGAGGGAGUGAGUCGUGACGGCGUCUGAAUAAGGGGAAUUAGAGAUGGAGCAUGACACAAGUGAGACCUACAAUUACACCCUGACGGAGGAGGAGUAGGAGAGAGCAACUGUACGACUGAGAAGGUGAAAAGAGAAAGAUUGGACAUUUAUUUCUCCUUUUUGUCCGACCUGAUGCCAGCUGGACGACGCUUCAGUUGCUCAGCAGUCUUUCUUCUUUCAGCUUUAUUUCCGAAUACACUUUCCAGGAUUUGUAGCGUCGAGCAGUUUCAGAGCCGUCAGCCUGCGCUCUGCCAAGGCCUCAUUUAUUUAGAAGAGGCUCACAGUCAAACUUUAAUUGUAGCGUGGCGUGUAUGGCUGAAACCUUAAAGCUGACAUGGAAAAGUUCCUGUUUCCAAACCACAGAGGAAGAAAGCAAAGGGCAGAGUCACACAUGAAGUGUUUCAAGGAAAAACAGCAUUAAUAUCUGGAAAGUUUAAAUAAAUUUAGUUUGAAGCACCCUUUAAAAUCCAGUGUGUAGGAUUAUUAUAUUAUAAUGACUGUUUUCUUUAAUGUAUCAUCACCUGAAUGAGACAUGUAUAUCCACAUAGGUAGCAGGUCAUGGAUGAAAGAUCUGGAUACAGCGUUGGCGGCAGGACCCCGUUCAUUCCUAUAAAGUUACUCAGUGACACAUGAAGCCAAAAUCGCUCUGUUUCAGUAGAAUGAAAUUCCCCAGAUGAUCAGCUCUGCUUCCACAUCAUUGGACCCAUAGAGCAAGUGCACUGUUUCCAUCAAACCCUUUCAGUCCAGUCCCUUUGGAACCAGCAGUAAGCCUUCAGACAUGGUACCUAGACCCUCGGUCUGUUCAGACAGUCCUCUUAAAUGUGGGCGGGGUUGUUGUCACUCACUGCUCCGUCCAGCACUCGCUGUAUUUCCUCAUCAGCGGUGACACAGAUGGAAGUCUGCACCUGGUUUAUCGUCCACAGAACGAGGCUGCACGCCCACAUUUUCAGAACAAAAUAGAACAGGCUGCAGAUGUACAUUUUUAGUAUGGAUCCUGCACAUUGUUUUAUAAAUGAGACUCCUGGUCUGUUUGUUUUGGAGAAGAAGAGACCUCUGUGGAUAAUUAUCUCCUGAACAGAAAACACUGAAGGAAUUCUUUGCGGCAGAAGUUUCGGCUGGUUGCAAUCUGCAGUCCUCACUUUUCACACACAUAAUUUCACACACUGGACCUUUACGUCUAAGUCUAAAUAAAUACAGUUUUAUGCUGAAUUUGGCUUCAAGGCUCUAAGAAAUUGAUUUAAGUCUGUUUUUGUGGAAAUUAAAAAAAGGAUGACACUUAACAAAUAUUAUUUCUGUCCAGGUUUGUUAUUUCAGUUUGUCCAACUUCAUCUGCUUUUCUUCUCAUUUUCACCUCACAGUUUAAAAACCAUCCAGAACCAUCCGUCCUGAAUCUCAGACAGAAUUGAAUCUGUUAAAAUGUCGACUGUCUUUCUCGUGAGGACCGUUGAUAUACUGUAUCUCCCCCUCCCUCUGCAGAGAUCGUGGACCGGGUGAUCCUGGGCGAGUGGCCCUGCCUCAGGCCGACCAUCGACCCCCAGAGUCACAGUCCCGAGCUGGGUCAGCUAAUGCAGCGCUGCUGGGCAGAGGAGCCGACGGAGAGACCGGAGUUCAACCACAUCCGGCUGCUGCUGCGCAAACAGAACAAGGAGUCGAGGACCAACAUCCUGGACAACCUGCUGUCCCGUAUGGAGCAGUACGCCAACAACCUGGAGGAGCUGGUGGAGGAACGAACACAAGCUUAUCACGAGGAGAAACGCAAGGCUGAGGCCCUGCUGUACCAGAUACUACCACAUUCAGUGGCGGAGCAGCUGAAGCGAGGUGAGACAGUUCAGGCCGAGGCCUUUGACUCCGUCACCAUCUACUUCAGUGACAUCGUGGGUUUCACGGCCAUCUCAGCAGAGAGCACACCGAUGGAGGUGGUGACUCUACUGAACGACCUCUACACCUGCUUCGACGCCAUCAUUGACAACUUUGAUGUUUACAAGGUGGAGACCAUCGGCGACGCCUACAUGGUGGUGUCAGGGCUGCCGGUGAGGAACGGGAACCUGCACGGCAGAGAGAUUGCCCGCAUGGCCCUCGCCCUGCUGGAUGCCGUCCGAACCUUCAAGAUCCGCCACCGCUCAGAGCAGCAGCUGAAGCUGAGGAUAGGAAUACACAGCGGUCCAGUGUGUGCAGGUGUGGUGGGUCUGAAGAUGCCACGUUACUGUCUGUUCGGCGACACCGUCAACACCUCGUCACGUAUGGAGUCCAGCGGAGAAGCGCUGAAGAUCCACGUGUCGGCAGCGACUCGCGACGUCCUGCUGGAGUUCAACUGCUUCCAGCUGGAGCUGAGAGGAGAGAUCGAGGUGAAGGGCAAAGGGAAGAUGACCACCUAUUGGCUACUGGGAGAGAGCGUCAGCCAAUAAGGAAACACUCGGGACAGAAGGACGACGGAGGACAGAGAGGAGGGGAUGAAGAGGCAAGAAAGAAAUGAGGAAAGAGAGAAGGGGACAGUGGAGGAAAGGAAGGAGGGAGGUAAGAAAAGACUGAAGAUUCAGUUUAUUUGGAAACAAGAGAGAAGAAAUGAAGUAAACGAGGGAGCGAAUUUAAUGGACAAAGGAGGGAAGUGAAGCUGGUGAAGGAAAGGAAGUAGAGAACGUGUCGCCGCAGACGUCUCAGCUCCUCGUCUUUUCAGAGGACUCAUCACCUCAAACCUCCUCAGAACCACAAACUGAACACAUGAAGGGCUGAAACAUGAAGUAACUGAAGGAGCAGAAAAGAAUAUCAACUUUAUAUUGUGUGUUCCAGAUCUCGCCUGUUUUAUGUUUUACAGAGAAAAUCAUAUUUUGGAUCGGUUUAAGUCGAUUGCCUCAAAGGUUGUACUUUAAAAGUUCAGCAGUGAAUUGUCUCCUCUUUGCUCCACUGACGGCCGGGAUCAGGUGUGUAUUUAGUCCUUGAUGGUCCCACAGAGCAGCGACUCUGUGCUGCCAGAGGUGUAGAGGUUACCCAGUUGUACGUUUGCCGAAACAACCAGUUAGACUCAAUCCAAAUGUCCACACUCACAGACUUUAAGGCACAUUUCCACAAAGUGUGAGAGGGCUUAGGGAGGUUGAUCUUGUGUGGUUAUCGUUGCCCACAUGUGCAUGACAUCAGAGUGAGUUGGACACAAAUCUAACCAUCAUGCAUUGUGCAGAGAUCGACUCUGGCUUAUGUCGAAUGAGUCUAAAGGCCCUGACACACCAAGCCUACAGACGGCUGUUGGUCAAAGUCGGGCUGUUGGUGAGCGUCUGUCACCCUCAUCAGUGUAGUGUGUCCCACAUUGUCGCCCCCGGUUGGCAUUUUGUUCACUGAAUCAAUAUGUUGAAUCAGCGUCGACAACAGCAGAGCCCAUCAGUGAAUGAAAUCACUCUGAUUGGCAGUUAAGCUCAGCUCACGAGAAGAGAAAUGGAAGUGAGGAACGUAAACAAAGAGCUUAAGUCAAGAGGGAGUGAGAUCAAAACAAACUUAUUUUUCUUUAGUUAUUGAGUUUUUUAGUCUAAACGUUUCCUGAUAGUUUGUUUUAUUGUUCACUGACGCACAAUAAUUAUGCUGGAUUAUGUUGUUAACGUGCUAACUGGCUAACUAGCAUCAAGAUAGUAUUCUGGUUUCCCUUUUUGAAUAAUGCAGGCACAGAAUUAGGUGCUGCUUGGCCGUCAGCUGUAGUCUUUGCAGAGUGUGGCUGAGACAACUUAAGGCAAUGCAGCAAGGGGCCAUUGUCGCCGCUAGUUCUCUGAAGUGGUUCCUCAAGGAUCCUCAAGUGGCUGAAUUUUAAGGAGGCUAUGUCAUCAAGUUCCGCCGAAGGUCAAGGAUCCUUCAAAUUCUACCGAGGACAGAGUCCUUCAUUCAGAGAAUUUUCAAGGAUGCAUGUGUGUAUCCUCAGCGGGUAUUAUAAUUUUUUUUUUUUUUUUUUUUUUUUAUAUAUAUACACUUUAUUAGUCCCUGAGGGGAAAUUCAAUUUUUCACUCUGUUUGUCAAUUACACACAGGUCGGAACACACACAUGCACAAACUGGACCUAUACAUGCACUAGUGGAGAGAUGUCAGAGUGGGCUGCCCAUGACAGGCACUCUGAGCGGUUGGGGGGUUCGGUGCCUUGCUCAGGGGCACCUCGGCAGUGCCCAGGAGGUGAACUGGCACCUCUCCAGCUACCAGUCCACGCUCCAUAUUUUGGUCCGGACAGGGACUUGAACUGGCGACCCUCCGGUUCCCAACCCAAGUCCCUAUGGACUGAGCUACUGCCGCCCCAAAAAUGCACCCACAGUUCUUUGCACACUACUUGCUGGAAUAGAAGGCGGGGCCUCUUCAAUUAAAUCUACGCCAGCAGAGCUCGGCAGGAUUUAGAUAAAUAUCUACACCUCAUAAUUUACACUUUCCAAUGUGUCACUUGCCAAAUAAUGAGAUUUUUUAAAAUAACGUGAUUUAGAUAAAACAUUCAUUUACGUAGCCGCUUCAUCCUCUUUAGAGUCGCAGGGGGGGUGGAGCCUAUCCCAGCUGACACUGGGCAAGAGGCGGGGUACACCCUGGACAGGUCACCAGACUAUCACAGGACUGACACAUAGAGACAUGAGAUUUAUGUUUUAGCAUGUUCUCAGUUUUACAAGAGAAAA